CAAUAUUUUGUCUAACGUCAUAGUUGGGGAAAACAAACAUCAUGCAAUGUUAGCGAGAGAGCAAGAGCAGUGCCACUUGGGCAGCUAUGCAAACGCACUUGGACAAUAUCAGAAGAGGAGCACUUGCUUUCUGGGUAUAUAAAGCACAUCACCCUUAUCUCUGCACGCACUCCUGACUUCCAUUUGGAGAUAUUUCAUUAACUCCAAGCUGUCUGAACGCUGGCUACACCACUCUGCCCCCUUCGUCAGUCUCCAGGAGAGAGGCAGAGAGACAGAGGCGGGGUGUGUGGAGAUGAAGGAGUUUCCUUAAUAUUGUGCGGAUUGCCAAACUGGUGCUGCAACUUUCCUGCAUAAAUUGCCACAGAAUAUGUCGUUGACCAACACAAAGACGGGCUUUUCUGUAAAGGACAUCUUGGACCUCCCCGAUACGAAUGAUGAAGAAGGAUCUAUUGCAGAAGGACCGGAGGAAGAUACAGAGGGAUCAGAAGCGACAAAAACGUCUGGAGUUUUGGGGCAAAGCCCCUUAGAAAACGUGCAAAACCUGCCUUUAAAGAACCCAUUUUAUGAUAAUAGUGAUAAUCCUUACACAAGAUGGCUUGCCACUACGGACGGCAUUCAAUAUUCAUUGCACGGUCUGUCAGCAAACUCCCAACAACAGGACUCAUCUGCCAAAUCCCCGGAACCUUCCGCCGACGAGUCGCAAGACAAUGACAAGGAAACUUCAAGCAACGGCAGUGACUCUGGUAAGAAGAGAAAAAGGAGAGUGUUGUUUUCCAAGGCGCAGACUUACGAACUUGAACGGCGUUUCAGGCAACAGAGGUACCUUUCAGCGCCCGAAAGAGAGCACCUUGCUAGCUUGAUCCGUCUCACACCCACGCAAGUGAAAAUCUGGUUCCAGAACCACCGGUACAAAAUGAAGCGGGCUCGGGCAGAGAAAGGGAUGGAAGUGAGCCAUCUCCCCUCUCCACGACGGGUGGCAGUGCCUGUCUUAGUCAGAGAUGGCAAGCCAUGCCAUACUCUUAAAGCUCAGGACCUGGCAGCCACGUUUCAGGCUGGGAUACCUUUCUCCGCGUAUAGCGCCCAGUCGCUUCAGCAUAUGCAAUAUAACGCCCAGUACAGUUCGACCACCACUCCACAGUUCCCCACAGCGCACCACUUGGUGCAAACGCAACAGUGGACUUGGUGAACUAUUGCAGACUGGUGUUAGCUACCUUUUCAGGAUGCGAGAGAAGGGAAAAGAAAAAGAAAAAGAGAGACUUUUGCAUUUUGCAGCUUGACCCAUAUUGACCAUUUUAUUUUGGGAGAUGUUAUGUGCGCCAUGUUUACAAAGUUUUCGCCAUGAAAACCGGGUCCGGGCUCUCCCUACGUUUAAAUGCUCUUGUGAUUUUUUGUAAAGUAUGUUUGUGUGUUGUAGAGAAUUUUUUUUUGUCACUCGUGUAUAAAGCACGUGCAGAAACCACUUUAAAAUUAUAGAGAUUUUUAUUUCCGGCUCCUUUUAUAUGGAACUUAAAAUAUUUAUGGCCACGAAUAAAAUCCUGGCAACUUUUAGCUUAUUUUAUUAUUUUGUUCUUGUUCUUUGUAAAUAUUUUGUGGUAAUUGUUGCCUUGCAGACCACCUUUCAGGGCGAUCUAGUUGGAUGCAAAUAUUUCCCAAAUAAAAAAAAAAGAAUAACUGGAAAAGAAGUGUCAAGGAAAUUGAUAUAAAUUCCAUCUAUAUCUAUGUGCAUAACAGCUAAAAGUGCGCGUUGAUGGGGAUCACCGAUUUUUAUAAGAGUUUUAAUAAAAAUGCUGUGUUUCAGAAA